AUGGAUGAUACGACGCAUUUAACUAAUGAUCAAUCUAUAAAAUUAUUUAUUCAACGUGAUUAUUCUGAGGGUACUGGAGUCAAAUUUCAAGAACGGUUUCCUUCUGAACUUCAAGGAAGAAUUGAUCGCGAUGAAUUCAUUGGAAUAUUACGCGGUAUCAAUGAUAUUUUUGCUGACGCUGAAGCUUUAUCAUACAAGGCAUUUAUGGAAAAUUGCUGUGCUUGUUUGACAGGUUACUUACUUUUACUUUGUAUGUCUACACAUUAUGAAAAGUGUGUUAAACGUGCUGCAGAGUAUAUUGCAGAAAAAAAUUUCAAUGAUCUUAAUCGCCGUGGUAUUUUUAUCAUUGAUCCAAUGGAGAAAGGCCUACGAUGUAUUGAAGUAUGCAUUUCGAAUGUUCACCGAUGA